UUGAAAGUUCCAACCAAACCAGAAAAGUGGUCAAAUGCUGUUAUGGUUGCAGGAAUAAAUAACUUUGGUUUUGGUGGAACAAAUGCACAUGCUAUUGUCAAACAAUACAAGCAGACUCAUACUCCUAAACAGAGUGGUAGGAAAUCUCACAAGUGCUUUGUCCUAUCCGCAAGUUCCAUCAAGUCGAUUGAUAUGAUGAUGGAGGACACAAUUCAGCAGAUAGAUGCAAACAGCGAAUUUGACCUGGAAAGUCUCGUCUACACAUCUGCGUGUAGGAGAAGCCACUUGAAACACAGGUACAGGAGGGCUUUCAUGACCUCCACUCUGGCUGAUCUGAAAAAUCAACUGAAAUCGACGUUGAAUAAAAACAUUUCCCUCUCAAAUUCAGAUCCAAGGUUAGUGUUUGUAUUUUGUGGAAAUGGUGUGACCUAGCAAGGCAUGUGCAAACAGCUUCUGAGAGAGGAACCUGUGUUCAGAGAGAAGGUCAGGGAAGUUGAGAGCCUUUUCCAGAGGUUCAAUAACAUGGCGAUCUUAGACAGACUGGAGGCUGAGUCUGAGGCUGAUGAGUUUUCAAAACCAGAGGUUGUCCAGCCUCUGCUCUUCGCCGUUCAGGUUGGCAUCGUCAGUCUCCUGAAGCACUGGGGCGUACAACCUGAUGCUGUUCUUGGGCACUCUGUUGGAGAGGUUGCUGCCGCCCACUGUUCUGGCCUCUUGUCUCUUGAGGAUGCUGUGAAGGUGAUUUAUCACCGCAGCGUCUUACAGGGUAUGGUCACAGGUGGAAAAAUGCUUGUGAUUAGCAACAUGGCAGUGUCGGAAAUCUUGAAGAUGCUUCCAGAUUACUCUGGAAAGAUUUGCAUGGCUGCGUACAACAGCCCACAGUCUUGCACCCUUUCCGGUGAUGCAGAUGCUAUUAAGAGUCUCCACCGGAAGUUAAGCAUAUCAGACAAGAGUAAAGCUAUGUUCCUCCAUAUCCUGGACGUUCCCGUCGCUUACCACAGCCAUAUGAUGGACCCCAUCCUAACCCAAAUAGAGGACAGGGUUGGCUCUUUGAAGGUGAAUGAGACAGAAACUCAAUUCUUCUCAACAGUGACAGGGAAGGAGGUGGAACAGGCAGACUUCACGACAGGGAAGUACUGGGCCAGGAACAUCCGAGAGCCUGUUGCUUUUGAGCAGGCGGUGAGGUCAGCAGCCGACCAAAAGAAGAAUGUGGUCUUUGUAGAGAUAGGCCCCCGAAGGGCUUUACAGAGGAACAUUAUGGAGACUCUCGGAAAGGACAUCACAGUCAUCUCUUCUGUGCAACCAGAUAAAGAUCAUGAGACAAUGCUGUCUGUCGUCUCCAAACUGUUUGAGCUUGGAGUCCGUGUCGAUUGGGACCAGUUCUACAAGGAGUGUGAGACUUCACCAACACCAUUCCCAAGGUAUAGGUUUUAUAGCAAAAAGGGAGAGCUUAUCAAUGGAAAGAUGCAGAAAGGGACGUCGAGUAAUCACAAAGCGCUAAGCCAGACCAGUGACGGCAAUGGCUUCACCUGUGAUCUGUCUUUGCCAUCUUUAUCUUACCUCCUGGAACAUAAGCACAAUGGUGUCCCUCUCUUGCCAGGCGCCUUCUAUGCUGAUCUGGGUUUAACUGUUGCCCUGGAAAGUGUCAAACCAAAGGUUCCACUUAAUACACUGCAACUCAGCAUUGACUUUCUGAGCCCGUUCAUUCUCACACAGAAUGCACCCGAUAUUCAAGUGCAUGUCGAGCCUGAUGAAGGUACAACACAUUUCAAAAUUCAGUCUGCAUCGGGUACAGUUGUGUGCAAGCGAGAGAGACUGAUUGAGGAGCAGAACAUUUCCUUGAGCUCCAUCUACAAGAGAUGCAAGCUACUGAUUACUUCUGAGAAGCUUUACUCUGACCUGAACACGGGUGGAUUUCAGUAUGGUAAUGUUUCAAAGGGGGAUAUACAUUAUGGGGAUGAAUUUGGGGAGGCUAUUUCAGUUGUCACUGUUUCUGAGGAGUUGCUGCCUCAUUUGCAUGACUAUUGCAUUCAUCCCGUAGUGUUAGACUACAUGAUGCAACUUUUUCCUAUUACUGUUCCCAAUACAUUUCAUGGAAGGCCAGGGUUCCCAGACAGAAUUGGAAGCUUGACUGUAAAUGAACACCUGCAGGAUGAGAUGAUCAUCUAUCUGAAAGCAACUAAAGUGGAGGAUCAUCAGUUUGAGGUGUGUGGCUGCUUCGCUGACAAAGAGGGCAAGGUGUUGGUUGAGCUUCGGGAUGUGUUGAUCAAGUACCUUGGGAGCCGCGCUGCUGUACUUGAGGAGGACUUCUACCACAAUGAAUUCUCCGUCGUCUCUGAAGACAUUGCAUCAUCUCAUGGUCGCAAAGCCUUGGUUUUCUCUGACCAGUUAGGAAUAUCGAGGUCUUUGCAACAGCACUUGAGUUCAAAAUCUAGAUACAUCUCCUUUACACAUGCUAAGGAUAUCCUGAGCCAUGGAUUUGCCACACUCUUGGCAAACCUCAAGAUUACAGACAUAAAGAAGAACUUUGAGGAGGUUUUGUUUGUGUGGGGUGACGAGGACCUCACAGCUCAUACAUCUGACAGUGUUCUGGAUAACAUGGUGAACUGCUGUGAGACGUUCCGACAGGUCAUCCUGGAUCUUAAAGACACACAUUUCACAAAUUCCAUCAGAGCAAUAACCUAUCGCUCAGCAGAAACCACAGUUGACCACAUCAGCUCAGGCUUUGCCCUGUCUGGCAUGAUUAGGUCAUGUGCUGCAGAGAUGGCUGAGCUGUCAAUUCAGUGGAUUGACAUCAACUCCAUGUCCACUGACGACAUCCAAGCUCUGUCACACAUUUUAAGAUCGUAUCCAUGCAGCAAGUACGCUGAGUUGGUGGUGAAAAACGGGUUGGUUUUCAAUUCUACCAUUGUUCACAUUCCCCUUGAAAAAACGGAGAGCUCAAUCUCUGAAGGGAAAGUCUGCUCAACAACUGAGCCCUGCACAUUUCAGACUACUGACCCAUACAGAAUGACUACCUUGUCUGCCAUUUCCUCUGACUUGGAGAAUCAGUACAUUCCUGAUAAGACUGUUGAGAUUCAGCUCAACAAGAUGUGCGUUCAUUCCUCUGAUUACUUCCCCGUCAGCAUCUCUGACCUGAACUUUGGCCAGACACUCUACUGGAGCAAACAUGAUGCUCAGAGCCACAGUGUUCUGGCUUUAGACUUCAAUGGUACUGUCACUGCUGUAGGGAAGGGUGUACGCAAACUGAAAGUGGGAGAUCAAGUUGUCUCUUGUUAUCCAGUUGUGGCAUCCACAAAGAUGAAAGUUCCUGAAGAGGCUUGCUACAAGACAAAGAGAUUUCCAUUUCUAAAAGAGACACCAUGUGUUUCUUACUUUGUGUUGGCAUGGGAGAUCAUGAACAGAGCAUUGCCCAAAGUAAAAGAACAAAAGAAAACUUUGGGAAUUGUGACUUCUAUUCGUGACUCAGCUCUACUAAAGGUUCUGUCUUUGACAGCAAGCAAAUCUGGAUGGGGUACUCUUGUAGGAGGACAGUCCAAUGGUGUUUUUGUAGAUGUUGAUGCAAUAGAUGCAUUUGUCCUCCUACCUCCAUUUGAUGAGUCUUUGGUUGCAAAAGCUGUCAAUUUUCCUGGAGUGAAGCAUGUUGUCAUUGUCUGUGAAUCCCACACCCAGGGCUUUCUCACACACACAGUUGUCAGAAGUGAAAAGGAUAGCGUUCGCACACAAAACAUCCUGAUGACUCUUAUCUUACAGAAGGGGUCACUCAGAGCACAGAUGCCACAUGUCUAUCAUUGGCUCAAGUCUUUGCACUUAGACAGGAGGGCAUUUGUUCUCGACACCUUCACUUUUCAGAGACAGACGUCCGGAAGCAUUGAGUUCCUUCCUUUGGACGAUCAAGAUUCUUACUUCAACUCCAGGAUGGUUCCUGUGGUGGCACUGGGCAAAGAGGGCUCCAGAGGCGCACUUUCCAACAUUCCUUUGCAACAGAAACACACCCAGCUUUUCCAAAAAAGAGCGGUGUACAUUGUUACAGGUGGUCUCACUGGGCUGGGCUUUGAAACAGUCAGGUUCAUUUACCAGAAAGGGGGAGGGCAUGUUGUCAUUUUCUCCAGACGUAAUCCCUCACCAGACAUGCAGGUGGACAUAAACAAUGUGGAGAAAGAGACGGGUUCCUGCAUCAUUUGCAUCAAGUGUGAUGUCUCUGUCUCUGAGGAUGUGCACAACUCAAUUGGUCAGAUUGGCAAGAAAUUCCGCUCCUGUCCAAUCAGAGGGGUUUUCCACAGUGCCGUUGUCCUGCAUGAUGGUUUGAUUGAAUCCCUUGACAAAUCUCUCUUUGAAAAAGUAAUGAAGCCAAAAGUGAAUGGGGCUCUAAAUCUGCACCAUGCAACAGAACACUGCAAGUUAGAUUAUUGUGUGUGCUACUCUUCCAUUGCUGCCUUUCUUGGCAACGCCGCCCAAAUUAACUACAGUGCAGCAAACACGUUCCUGGACACAUUCUGUCAGUAUAGACGGAACAUUGGACUUGCUGGGCAGUCCAUCAACUGGGGGGCUUUGAACCUUGGUCUUCUGCUGAACAAAGACCAUUUCCAAAGGUUCCUUGAAGCUAAGGGGCUGAUGGUGAUGGAUGUGGCAGAGAUACACAAAGGUUUAGAGCAAGCCUUACUGCUAAACAAACCCCAACAGGCAGUGUGUAAGUUUCACUACAAAAACAUUAUCAACAAUGUUCUCUCUCAAAACGCUGCACUGACCGUCCGUCUAUUUGAUGUAGUCUCCGCAAAGGAGGGUUUCCGUCAGACUCACGGAGACUCACGAGGAGAUACAACUGUCUCCUUAUCUUCUCCUGCUGAAUAUAUCAAAUCUCUCCUCAGUGAAACACUGGGUGUUGACAAGAACGAGCUACACGAAGAGUCCACCCUCUAUGCCUUGGGCAUUGACUCAAUGCUUGCUAUGACUCUGCAAAAUCGCAUAUUUCAAGAGAGGGGUGUGAACUUGCCCCUGGUUAAAAUCUUAGACCCAGAUGCUUCACUGUCUACAUUGAUAGCAGUUCUGGGGGAAAGCACAGAGGCUAAGGACGAGGAUAAGGGUGAUGAUGAGGAAGCAGUCCUUGAUGCAACAAGGCUGUAAGCCUCUCUGAUGCAUAUGUUCAACAUGAAAGCAUAAUCACAUUACAUGGAAAAUAGCAUUAGUUCAUUGCAGAAAACAAUCGUUUUAUCAGGAAAAAUAUAUUCUACUUGGCACGGUUAUAAUCAUAAACUGAA